CUGGGAACAAAUGGCGUCUGGAGUCAACUUAGGGGAUACGCUAUCGACAGCUUUGAGCUCGUCCGUGGCUACGUUUUACAUCGCUGGAUGGAAGUCUUGCACGUCCUUCGUGAAGGCCCGAGAGGUGGCAGCGGCCAUGCAGAUGCUGUACCCGGACCGCGUAGCCUUUGAGACCCACCCGUUUGAAGACCGUAACGCUUUCAAGCAAUGGCUAAGUGCGUCCCAGGAUGACAUCACCGCUCAUUUUGGGGCCGAUUCGAGGGCCACUAAGCACGUGACGUCGCCCUUUGUGUGGAGCAGCACAAUAUUUGUGGGUGGGUGUGACGAGCUUCUGGCCUUCUUCCGCUCUGGUAUCGCAGUCGGGAAGCCUCAGGGUGUGAUGCCCAGUGAGAAGCAGCCUACCCCAUCUUCUGCUCUUGCUCCGGAGACGGAUGGUUCUAUGCCCGAUGUUGCUGCUGAGACCUCGUCAACUGCUGCUAAGGAGGAAGCGAGCUACGACUACGACCUGGUCGUGAUCGGUGGCGGCUCGGGAGGACUGGCUUGCUCAAAAGAGGCGGCUUCGUUUGGACAGAAGGUCUGCGUACUGGACUACGUAAAACCGUCGCCCCAGGGCACGUCCUGGGGUCUUGGUGGCACGUGCGUGAAUGUUGGUUGUAUCCCCAAAAAGCUCAUGCACCAGAGCUCUCUGAUCGGUGAAGUCUUACACCACGACAGUGCCAGCUUUGGUUGGAACGUCUCGUCAGGGCAAGGAAGCGCACCGAUCUUCGACUGGAAGCAGUUGGUGACUAAUGUAGAUGGAUACAUCAGGGGCAUCAACUUCAAGUACAAGGUGGAGCUACGCAGCAAGUACGUUAAGUACGAGAACUUUUUAGGCUCCUUCAUCGAUCCGCACACUCUGGAGCUGUGGCAUCCACGCAAGGGCUCGAAGCAGAUCACUACUCGCGAUGUGGUUAUUGCUGUGGGUGGUCGACCGAGAGAGUUGACUAUUCCUGGUGGGGAACACGCAAUCUCGAGUGACGAUAUCUUUUGGAUGAAAACGAAGGAGCCGGGCAAGACGCUUGUGGUCGGAGCCUCGUAUGUCGCGCUUGAGUGUGCAGGCUUUUUGAAGGGCAUGGGUUACGAUGUGAAGGUGAUGGUACGCUCCAUUUUGCUUCGUGGCUUUGACCAGGACAUGGCCAACAAGAUCGGCGAGUACAUGGAAGUCCAGUCGGGUAUCGAGUUUAUUCGCAAGACAGUCCCGCAGUCCAUUACGAAGCUUGAGAACGGCCAACUGUUGGUCAAGUGGACUAGUGAAGAUGGCGAGAGCUGCGAGGAGGCUUUCGACUCCGUACUUAAUGCUACAGGCCGUGACCCGGACAUCGCCAAGCUAGAUCUGGAUAAAGCUGGCGUGAAACUGAACGAGAAAACUGGUCGCAUCUGGGUCAAGCACGAGCAGACGUCGACGCCGAAUAUUUAUGCCAUUGGUGAUGUCAUUGACGCACCAGAGCUCACUCCAGUGGCUAUUCAGGCUGGACGCUUGCUCUCGCGUCGUUUGUACAACAACGCAACGGUUCAGAUGGACUAUGAUAAGGUAUGCACGGCAGUGUUCACCCCCAUUGAGUACGGGUGUUGCGGACUGUCGGAGGAGGACAGCAUUAAGCGCUUUGGCAAAGACAAAAUCGAGGUUUACCACACAAAUUUUGUGCCACUGGAGUGGUCGCUGUCGACGGAAACGCGUGCGGCCGCCGAGUCGUGCUAUGUGAAGGUCAUCUGCGAUAGAAUCCGCGAUAAAUUCGUGGUGGGCUUCCAUUACUUGGGACCGAAUGCCGGUGAGGUGACCCAGGCUAUGGGUUUGGCGAUGAAGCUUGGCUUCACGUACGACCAAAUGGUUGACACGGUGGGCAUUCACCCGACGACAGCAGAGUCGUUUACGACGUUGGAGGUAACCAAAAGCAGUGGAGUGUACUUUCGCACUUCCAUUUUCAUAUCGACCAACAUGAGAUUGAGUGGCAGCUUUCCCUGUUCUACUUUUCUUCUCCUGCUCGCUCUCCUGCCCGCCUGCGUCGCCGGUCAGCGACGACUGGAUGCGGGUCUAGGCGAGGGCCAGAUCGUGCUGCACCCGCCUCCUUUCUUCGUCGUGGAUGGUCUGGACUUUCAGGGCAUGGCACUCGCUUACCUACAGGAGCAGGGAAUCAACACGAGCAUCGAGGCACAGAGCUGGAUGCAACAACAAGGAUACAGUUCGCUGCGCGCCAUGCUGGAUGAUGAAUCGCUUUACAAGGUGACAGAGGAGGCCAUCUUCGAGUGCGGACUCACAAGCCCUAGGACUGAGACUCAGCCCAUCCCGACGAACAACUCGUUUCAGACGUCGGGCUACACGCUGGACGGCCCGUGUGAGAUCUGGCUGGACGACACCAAGGUGGCCUCGGGCCGCAACUGCCAUACCGAAUUCCCACACGGCCAGCACCAGGUCGACUACAGCUCAUGCGGCGGCUCGUGCCAUCUAUCUUGGUACUGGCUCGGCAUCAAAUACGUCGAGGGAAUCUACUCUUGGCAGGUCUACAAAAACUGUGUGGGUCUAAGCAAGAACCCAACGGCUUAG